AUGCUUGCAUCUCUCAUGUGCAACCCCUUUCUCAUGUGCAACCCCUUUCUCAUGUGCAACCCCUUUCUCAUGUGCAACCCCUUUCUCAUGUGCAACCCCUUUCUCCUGUGCAACCCCUUUCUCAUGUGCAACCCCUUUCUCAUGUGCAACCCCUUUCUCAUGUGCAACCCCUUUCUCAUGUGCAACCCCUUUCUCGUGUGCAACCCCUUUCUCAUGUGCAACCCCUUUCCCAUGUGCAACCCCUUUCCCAUGUACAAGCCUCACUCCUUCCCUCUUUUCCUACUUCCCUACUUCCCCUCUCUUCCCCAUUCCCCGCUUUCCUUCCCUCCCUCCAUCCCUCCUCCUUUCCUCCCGUCCUGUGCAGUGUGGCCCGAGCCCUGCUACAUGACUAUCAGCAGCACCUCGGGAAUCCCAGGGGGGGCAUCAGGCGGCCCGUCUCCCACCAAUCCCACAGCACCUGGUGGGGCGGGUCAGUUCGGAGUACCUGUGGGUGCCACAGUGUGCUUGUUGACAGGGGCACAGGUGCUAGCAGAGAGGUCGAUUGAUCAGCUGAGCAAGUGGGAGUGCCUCCUGGUGCUGCUGUGUAUGGGGCUUGCUGUGAAGCUGAUGAUCUUUGUGCUGUUGGUGAGGCUGCAGCGUGCCAAGCACAAGUGA